AUGCGACACUGUGGGAGUGUGCCGAAAAACAAGUAUAACACGGAUCUCAGCACGGUGAUUCUGAUUACGGAUCGGCACUAUUUCGACAGCACAAACGGCUUUUGCGGUGCUCAGGCGUCAUAUAAGAAAGAACAAGGGGUGUAUUGGAUAGCAGAGGCAGAUUUCUGGAGCUAUCGGCUUUGGAACUUUACAGCCCCAGAUCACCACAGUUUCUCUCUUUCUGGUGGCGAUAUGUACCGUCGGCUUCGCCAGGAUGGAUCUGUGAUUGCAUACGAUAAAACCAAGCUACUGCAAUAUCUGUACAACAAAAACCCAUCAGCCGAGAUAUUGCAGGAAUAUCUUGAUACCAAGUCUCACUAG